CUUAUUUUGACGUAACUAAACACCAAAAUUUUAUAGCAAAAGAAAUCCACUUUCGUAGCAGCUUGCCACAUCAACCCGCGUUGGACUGUUUCCGCCUGUGUGGUGACCGGGCGUUGGGGGUGAUUUGCGUGCGGAUAGUUCGGGAGGCUGGGGCGGCCGUUGAAUUGGCGUGUCUCAGUGAUCGAUGGGAACGAGUUGUUGUUAUUGAUACGCAUCUUCCUGUGGUAUUUCUGUCCGUUUGUGAAGUGUAGUUUGCCAAGAUGGUGUUGGCUGCGAGUGCAGACAUAUGGAUAGAGUAUGCUGCACCGAUCACAGUGGUUACUUUUGUGCUCUUCGCUGUGAUCGUAUUUGUGUAUGGUAUUGGGAUAGGAUUAAAUCGCAAACCAGCUGAGCCAGUGUUUUUAGAUUUUCAAGCCCCUCAGACUGCAAAAAAGCCAAAGAAGAAGCAAAAGUCUAAGAGUGAAAAGAAGGCCGUGAAGAAGCUGGCUGAGCCUGCUGCAGCCAAGCCAGAGAGCUCAGAGAGUGUGUCACCGACCGACAAGCCCAAGCCAAAGGAGACUGCAGCCCCAAAGCGGGACAAGGCAGCUGAUGACUGGAGCCAGGUGGUGCCGCGCCGUGCCAAGAAGGGAGCGGCCGAGCCGGCGGCGGACGCUGCGCAGCUGGAGGCGCUGACGCUGGCCGGUGACGCCAAGGCUGAGGAGUCAGCAGAUUCGGGCAUUGCCAACGCCUCGCCCAACAAAACCAAGAAGAAGAAAAAGAAGGCCAAGUCUUCGCAGGAGGAGGAGGCGGCGGCAGCGCCGGCGCCGGUGAAGCCGGCCGCGGAGAAGGCCGCCGCCGCGACGAAGCCGGCUGUGGAGAAGACCGCCGCUCCCAAGUCCGCCGCCCAGCCGAGGACGGACGAGUUCACCACCGUCUCCAAGAAGAAGAAGGGCAAGAAGGAGGAGCCGCCGCCGGCGGCCAAGCCGAAGCCGACCGGGCCGCUGACCCAAGAUGACCUCUUCAGCAGCGGCAACGGCAAGCGGAUUCUGAGCCUGGAGGAGGCCAUGGCGGUGGUGCUGAAGCAUCAGGAGGUUGACCAGAAGGGCCCCGAGACCCCGGCGCCGGCGCCCAAAGCCGCGCCGCCGGCCCCCGAGCCAGAGCCGGAGCCGGCCGCCAAGUCGAAGGCGAAGCCGGCCCCGAAGCCGAAACCGGAGGCUGAGCCGCCUCGUGCGGCCGAGCCGAACAAGCCGGUGACCAUCGAGGAGAUGAUGGCGCGCCUGCAGGCGGGCGAGGACAUCACGCAGCUGACGUCGGCCCGGCCGGCCGCCGCUGCUGCCGGCGAGGCGGCGCCUCCGGCCGCCGCCGCCGCCGCCCAGAAGUCCGAGCCCAAGGCCAAGCCGGCCGCGCCCGUUAAGCAGAACGCGGCUUCCGACGCACAGGGAGACUCCUGGACCGAGCAGAAGCCCAAGAAGAAGAAGAAGAGCCGGAAGGACUAGCGGCGGCCGGCGGCGGCCCGGCGGCAUAUCAGCGCGGCGUCACGAGGCCCGGGCCGGGGCCGGGUCUUCCUCGUGUGCGCCGUCUGUGGUUGAGGGCGGCGGCCGGAGCCGAACGCCCGGUGCGCGCUGUUCCUGUUGUGACGGUGGGCUGGAUCGGGUGGGGGUUGUUGGUAGGUAGUUGAAGAGUUGGCGCUGCCUUUCGUGUCGCUGCGUGCGCGGCCAGGCGGCUGCUGCCGCGUUUCUCCCGCCUCGAGCGGCACGCGCAGGCCUCUCCCGGCAGGAGCCGCCUGGCCCGUCGUUUUGCAGGUCGCCGACAGGCGGUGCCGGGAGCAGUGCCAGCGGUUCGAGAGCUGGCCGCUCGCGGCGCCACCAUCGCACGCGUUUUCUUGGGUGUCGCUGGCGUGCGGCGACCGCCUUUCCGUUUGUUAUCUGUCCAUCACGUAGCUUCUUCCACUGAACUAGGUGCCAAACGCACGAUAGCACCUAUUUUUGUAUGCCGAUUUACGGAGCGACCGCGAUAGGCCGGCGACUUCACCGCGAGGGGGAAUGUCGCGUGUCCAAAUCAACGUUCGCGUCUGCGCCCCCAAAUGCGUGCGGCGCGCGGUUCAGCUUUCACCAGAGGGUCAGCCCUGUGCAGCGUCCCGACCCCCUGUGAUUCACCUGGGGCCCCCGGCGGCCCGUGACUGGCCGGCUCCGUUCGCGCACGUUCACAUUCCAUUGGCAGUAGACGGUGCAGCCUCUGCCCAGCGGCUGGUUGUUGCUGUUGACCCUGACAGGGGUUGGUCUUGACGGGCCGGGCCGCCGCCAAAGACCAUUCCAUGAGCUCGAGCGUCCCUGGACAUACGCCCCCUUUCCCACCCGUUGUUAAGAGUGCAGCCGGUUGAGGCGGCUCGCGCAUGCGCACGCAUUUGACGAGUUGUGCAAUAACGUGCAUACUUAAACAGCGGACGAGCGAGCGCCCCACGCGUGCCCAUAACGACUUGGCAUGAAUUUGCACAUAGGGCGUCGGUUUUUAGGCUAGGCGUGUUGAAAUGUGCAGCACGUGCCGCCAUAUCGCCACCUAAAUUAUCUUUUCAUAUUCACUGUUGGGAGUCGCACUGAGGAUACGGCACCCAGAGUUUAUCAGCACGGGGUUGGUUUGCGAGCCGGCGGCGCGCGGUCUGGAGUCGCGCGGGGUUCCGGUGAUUGUACUCAUCUGUAGGUCGGGUUUUCCGGCCUGCCGGGCGGACUGGGCCCCGGACAAUCCCAGGCGGCCGUCGGUGGGUCGUCGUCCCCGGGCGGCAGCCGAAGCUCGUCGGCCUCUCCGGCUGGGCGGCUGGCGACGCCCCUGCUUUGGACGACGCUGAAGCGCCCGCCUCCCUCCCGCCGCGCCGUCGGAGACGACCGCGCCUGCCGCCGCUCCAGCCUGGCGGUCGGUCUGCGCGGGUCUCGCGCCACUGGCCAUGGGACGCCGCGCGCUGGCCGCCGACCGGUGCGGACUUCUGCGUUGUCCGGCUUGGAGCGGUGCCGUCAUGUCGCGCGACGGCCGCGGGCCUCUGCUGCGGCCUGGGGGCGCGGCAGCCGCCCGGCUCCGGUGCGGACCGGCGUCGGGGAGCGUCGGCACCGCGGCCGCCGGCGGUGGGGGCGUGAGAGAUUGCCUGCGGGCGGCGACGUGGACUCGAACUCCGCCCGGGCGGUGCUGUGUCCUGGUAGCCUCCAGACGGUGCUGGCCUGGACAGCAUCGCCGUGCCCGAGCAAUGGUGAGGUGUUGUCUAUUGAUGCGUACUAUUAUCAAGCAUAUAUUUAUAUCCCAAAUGGUGGCAAGGUUCGUGGUUGAUCUGACUGUAUUUUUGCAGCCGUAAGGUGUCGGAGGAGCCGAUGACACGGGGAGUCCCGCUGUUUGCGUUUGUGAUUGGAGGAGCGGGGCGACGGUGGGAAUCUUGAGUAUUACCGCGACAUAUUUUUUCCGGGAUGUACAGGUGGUGUGUUGUCUAAGCCUUCCUAAUUUGAUACACAGUGACUGGGGA